AUGAUUCAAAUUCAAUUCAAUUGAAUCCAUUUCCUUCGAGCCGCAGCCACAGCAGAAAGGAAAAGGGGUCCUCCCUCUUUGAUUGUUUCUUAUAUUUCCCAUCUUUCUUCUUCAAUUUUGGAUACCCAAUAUACAAGAGAAGAGAAGGGAAACGUUUUUCUGGGAAUCUGCCCGCUCCCCAUUUUAAUCCCAAGAAGAAUCACUCCCAAAAUUUCUUCUUGGGUUUUCAUUUUUCCCUGAUUUGGGAAUGCGGGUAGAUUUAGCCAUCUGGGUUUAUUGAAUUAUUGGCUCUAGCUUCACCAUUUUCGUGGAUAAUUGUUGGAAUCUUAGGUUUGUGUUGAAGAAGAACAAGAAGAAAAAGGGGGAAAAGAGAUAAAACAGGGUAUCUUCUUGAUGGGUUUCUUGGUUUCUUCUGGAGAGGAGAGUGGAAGGGGUGGACGGAGUUCGAGAGUUGGUUUCAAAGCAUUGAUAAGGAGGAAACAGGUUGAUUCUGCCGAUUCGUCAUCAUCUUCAUCCUCAGGGCAUCAUCAGUUAGCCAGAGAGUUAUCGAUUCCUCACCUUAUUUCAAUAGGAGUUGGUGCUACUAUUGGAGCUGGAGUGUAUAUUCUUGUUGGAACUGUUGCCAGAGAGCAUUCAGGACCAGCUCUUGCUAUCUCCUUCCUGAUUGCUGGAAUUGCUGCAGCGCUUUCUGCAUUUUGCUAUGCGGAGCUUGCAAGUCGUUGCCCAUCUGCUGGAAGUGCUUAUCAUUACUCAUACAUAUGUGUUGGAGAAGGUGUUGCUUGGUUGAUUGGUUGGGCUUUGAUACUGGAAUAUACACUUGGUGGCUCAACUGUUGCACGUGGAAUAUCCCCAAAUUUGGCCUUAUUGUUUGGUGGCAAUGAUCAUUUGCCUUCCUUUCUAGCUCGGCAAACUCUUCCCGGACUCGGUAUUGUUGUUGAUCCAUGUGCAGCAAUCUUAGUUUUGAUUGUCACUGCUCUUUUGUGUAUGGGAAUCAAGGAGAGUAUUGCAGCACAAGCCGUUGUGACGGGAGCAAAUAUAUGUGCAAUGAUAUUUGUAAUUAUAGCUGGCUCUUAUAUCGGUUUCAAGACGGGAUGGGUUGGAUAUGAACUUCCUACAGGGUAUUUUCCCUAUGGAGUAGAUGGGAUGCUUGCUGGCUCUGCUACGGUCUUCUUCGCAUAUAUUGGUUUUGAUGCUGUUGCGAGUACUGCCGAAGAGGUGAAAAAUCCUCAACGAGAUUUGCCACUGGGGAUAGCAUCUUCAUUAUCUCUUUGCUGUGCACUAUAUAUGAUGGUCUCAAUUGUCAUUGUUGGUCUGGUGCCUUAUUAUGAGAUGGAUCCUGAUACCCCCAUCUCGUCUGCAUUUGCUGAGCACGGCAUGCAAUGGGCUGCUUAUGUGGUGAGUGCUGGAGCUGUUACUGCACUGUGCUCAACUUUGCUGGGUUCUAUUUUACCUCAGCCACGAAUCUUGAUGGCAAUGGCGAGAGAUGGGUUGCUGCCUUCUUUCUUCUCUGAUGUCAAUAAAAAAACUCAAGUUCCUGUCAAGAGCACCAUAGCAAGUGGUGUUGGGGCUGCAAGCUUGGCCUUUUUCAUGGAUGUUUCAGAGUUAGCAGGGAUGGUCAGUGUUGGUACCCUUCUAGCAUUUACCACAGUGGCUGUAUCCGUGUUGAUUCUCAGAUAUAUUCCACCCAAUGAGGUGCCGUUGCCGUCGUCUCUUCAUGAGUCAUUUGAUCCACUGUCCCUACCAAUUCAUACAAGUGCAUAUGAUGUUGAUGGAAAAGAUGCCGAAAUCGGUUCUAUUAAGGACAGUGCUAGACCCUUGCUUGAGAAAGUGGAUUCAUCAGUUGACAUCCCCAUAAUCAGCAGCUAUCUAGCUCGACGUGGCUACACUCUAAAUGAGAAGAAUCGACGAAAAAUUGCUGGAUGGACCAUCUUGUUAACAUGCGUCGGGGCACUACUCCUUACGUACGCAGCUACAAAUUUGAGGCUUCCAAGCUAUGUGCGAUAUUCAGUUAGCGGAAUCGGCGUUAUGCUUCUUUUAUCUGCUUUGAUUGUACUGUCCUGCAUAGACCAAGAUGAUGCAAGGCACAGCUUUGGACACACAGGAGGUUUCACCUGUCCAUUUGUUCCUCUGCUACCAAUUGUGUGUAUUCUCAUCAACACCUACUUACUCAUCAAUCUCGGAGUUGGUACAUGGGCUCGAGUGUCGGUAUGGCUAGUGAUCGGAGUGAUCGUUUACGCAGUCUAUGGUCGAACCCACAGCACUCUACGAGAUGCAGUCUAUGUGUCAGCCGAACAUGCCGAGAAAAUAAACAAUUACUCGAGGGAGGUCCUGGCUUGAUCAUGAGGUUUGUACAAAGAGUAGAAGGCAAAAGUUUGUUGAUGCCAUCAUGAAAUGAAGUCCCAUAUUAUGAGGGAUCUGAUUGAAGACAAACUUUGCCAUACGAAGGUUUCAAACAUUGUUGAUUAUUCGCUUAGCAUAUUGUAUUUUUAUCCAUGGAGACUAAUCUGUCUCCUUGUAUUAUAGGGUUGGUUAUAGAAUUUGCUCAGCUUCUUUUCCUUGUUGGGAAGAGGUUCAAAGCAAAUAAUGUAAAUAUGAAGCAUAUUUCAUUGUUCCUUAUUCUACUAUAUACAUAUCACUCUCUGGUAUAUGUACAUGUUUAGAUGA